UCUCUAUUAAUUGUUGGGCAGUGUAUUUACGGCAUUCCACCGAUAACAGGAAAGGCGAGCAGUAUUCUCCACCCACACAUCCAGCACCAUCUAUCCUGAUAACCUUCAAGAAAACCGGAAAUGGACCAUAGUAGCUUGGCGGGAGCUUCAUCCAUCUAUUCGAAACGCUCAUUUCUGAACUGGCUCGUCAGAGAUGGCGCCAAAGACCGGGUUUAAAGCCCUAUUGGCACAGUUUUGUGUUGUGCUUUAAUGCAUCACGAAUGGUGCGUAGCCGCAGAGAGUAAAUUCCGUGUUACAUGAGCAAGCGCGUUUUAUGUUAUCGAUAUUGUUUGAUAAUUUUCUACCAAAAUAAAAGUGAACCAGCAAAAAAGCUCGAAUGUUUUAUUUGACCGAGAACGCCAGUGUUUGGAGUUAGCCCCUCGAACAUCAACUUUCAUCGUGUUUAUGUUAGCAGUUGACAGAGAGCUUUGGGUUAUAACCUAAAAAUUGGUUGAUCUAUAUUCAUGUAGUGAAAGCCCAUUUGGAAUUUAUGUGUGGUGUGAUCUGCAGCCUAACAUACCCAAAAUAAGAAACGCCCGUUGCAGGUCCCCGGCGCCACUGUCGCACCCGCGAGAAGGAAGGGGGGAGGUCAGCUGACACCGGCACCGCGACGUUCGUGACGUUUCCCUCUCCAGUCGUCGUGAGGCGUCCCUUAUUGAGCUGGCUUGUUGUUGCAACCCUUAGAACAGAAAUAAUACGUGUGCCGUUUUUUCUCCCGGUGACUGUUCGCUGUGCAUUUGGGGAUGAAGUGUGGUAGAUUGUGAUGGAAGGAGGAUCGGAUUGAUUCUGGGACGAUUUUUUUUUUCGCGACCGAUUUUGCCGGUGUUCGGGUUAUGCUGUUUUAGUGGACGCGGAUUGGAGACAUGAAGGGAUUUAUUGUUUUCGCUGCAGCGUGCAUCGUCGAGCUGUGUCUGGCUGCGUGGCAGGAGAACACCAGGCCAAAGAUGUUCGUCCAGUUAGGCGCAGAAGACGACGUGCAUCAUUUCAAAGGAAACGACACUCACACCGACUUUUUCAGGCUGGUAUUGCGAGAUGGAGAGAAUUUAUUAGUUGGCGGAAGGAAUCUAGUAUACAAUUUGAGCCUCAGCGAUCUAUCAGAACAACAGAGGCUGACAUGGUAUUCUAACGAGCAGGAUGCAAAGAUGUGUGUGAUGAAAGGGAAAGAUGAGGAAAACUGUCAAAACUACAUCAGGAUUUUGGCGAGGAGCACCAGCGAUCGUCUAUUGUUAUGCGGCACCAACGCCUUCAAGCCGGUUUGCAGGGAGUACGGCAUCCACCCUGGAAAUUACACGAUGGAAAAGGAGAAACCCGGGCAGGCGGUCUGUCCCUACGAUCCACGUCAUAACUCAACCGCUAUCUAUGUUGACGGAGACCUCUAUACCGGCACGGUGGCAGAUUUCAGUGGAAUGGACCCCAUUAUCUACAGAGAACCAUUACAGACCGAACAAUACGAUUCGAUGAGCCUCAACGCUCCCGAUUUUGUCAGCUCGAUGACCCAGGGAGAUUUCGUUUACUUCUUCUUCAGGGAGACGGCUGUCGAAUUCAUCAACUGCGGAAAAUCCGUAUUCUCGAGGGUGGCCAGGGUGUGCAAGAACGACAGAGGUGGCCCGCACCGUUUCAGGAAUAGAUGGACGUCGUUCUUGAAAUCCAGAUUGAACUGCUCGGUGACUGGAGAAUUUCCCUUUUAUUUCAACGAGAUUCAGUCCUCUACCGAGCUGAUCGAAGGCCAGUACGGCGACACCACUGCUCAACUAGUCUACGGUACCUUCACAACACCCUACAAUAGCAUAUCUGGAAGCGCCGUAUGUGCCUUCAGCUUGCAAGACAUCACCGAUACCUUCGAGGGAAAUUUCAAGGAGCAAGCGGCCCUCAACAGUAACUGGCUGCCGGUUCAGAGUUCAAAAGUGCCAGAUCCAAGACCGGGUCAAUGCCACAACGACAGCAGAACUUUGCCAGAUUUGACGCUGAAUUUCAUCAAGACCCAUUCUUUGAUGGAUGAGAGUGUACCCUCGUUCUUUGGACAGCCGAUCGUUAUAAGAACUAGCUUCAGAUAUCGUUUUACUCAGAUAGCUGUAGAUCCUCAAGUCAGGGUUCCUGGUGGAAAAACCUACGACGUUUUGUUUAUUGGGACUGAUAAUGGAAAAGUUAUCAAAGCUAUAAACGCCCUGUCUGCAGAAAAAAGACACGGUGUUCGCCCUGUUGUUAUAGAAGAAAUUCAGGUAUUUCCAGUUCAUGUAGCCAUCAGAGGUCUUAAAGUGAUCAAGUCCAACAAGCAAGAAGGACGACUGGUGGUCAUAUCUGAUGGAGAAGUUCAGUCGCUGCGUCUGCAUAGAUGCGACAGCAACAAAAUUUCCAGUUGCAGCGAAUGUGUGGCUCUACAAGAUCCUUACUGCGCCUGGGAUAAAGUGCAGGGGAAAUGUAGAUCGCACGGGUCUGGAAGAUGGGGGGAAGAGAGUUACUUCUUCCAGAGUAUUUCAACAGGGGAGCACUCUGCUUGCCCUCCGCCAAAAGCCUCUAAAGAUACAAGCUCGGCCGGUGGUCUGAGUUCUAAUCAGCCCAAGUUCAGCCAAGAUCACCAACCUAGUAACAACCAGCCAGACGGGCAGGUUAUCAAUAUUAUUCAAGAGAAAACUUUCGAGACCAAUGGUCCAUCCGUUGCAGCAACAGAUGUUGUUUCAUAUCAUUACUCAGUGGAAACUCUCAUUUUGGCUGUGGUUACUGGAUCUUUAUCCGCACUCAUGGUCGGCUUCAUAGCUGGCUAUUUGUGCGGGAGAAAAUGUCACAAAGAUGAAGACGACAAUCUUCCUUAUCCAGAUACCGAGUAUGAAUACUAUGAGCAGAGGCAAAAUAUGAACAGGAUAAAUUAUAGAAUCCAGGCCGAGCCCAAACUGCUGCCCCAAGAAGAGGUCCAGUAUGCGGAACCGGUGCUAGUUCCUCAACCGCCCAAGAUGCACUCGCCCAAGAGCACCUUGAGGAAGGGACCACAAAACAACUCCGAAGCUCUGUUCCAGUUCCAGCCAGACACCGGUUACAAUGGACGUGAAAACUUCAGAGGACGCGAUAAUUUUGGUACCUUACGCUCCCAUCAAGUAAGGCGAUAAUUACCGCCGCGGAGACGGUUUCUCAACAACACGCAGCGUGAAGAAGGUGUACCUCUGAGACAACACGGAGGAGGGUGGACCCAGAAGCCUGGGUAGGCCUCUGGCCGGUCAGCACCAAACCGGGGGCCACGCCGUGCUCACUCAGCACGGCAGCAGCAGCGCUUCCUCGAGCUCGCCCUCACCGCCCUCCUCCUCACCGUCGCCCACCCACGCCCACACUGCCUCUUACAUAUACAGGGCUUAGACCGAGCGUCCCACGGAGCGGAAAUGAAAUCAUGACGCUUCCUCGUAGACUUGAAACAUAGUAGUGCUCAUGACACCUCUACGACAUUAGAGCCGAGUCAAGGUUACGUAGCUCACUCCAAUCGAUUCACUCGCAUCACCUCCGGAGACUCCAUUUGGAGACGGUUUUUCUCUAAUCCGUACAAAGACGCAUGAAUCUGGAUCUCCCUCAAGAUAACCAUGAACAUAGGGAGAAGCUUCUGCUGCAUCUUCUCAAAAUGAGUCAUUAAUGCCCGUUUGUAUCGACUUAUUUGAGGCAGACAUAACUUUAAGGCAUACUUAUUUCAGAAAUUGCUAUGGUAAUAGCUAUAGAAAUCAGAGAAAUAAGUAAGCUUCAACGUUCUACAUCUGAGUCAAUCAGCAAUCCUCUAUAGAAGUCUUUUUACCGAAUAUCUGUUUUAUUCAGUUGAAAUCAAUGAUGUAAAAACCGAACCAAAUUAGGAAAGCCAAAACCCUGCAAUUGAUCAUCAAUUUUUGGGCGUCGAUCGACCAAUAUUUGGUGCAACAAUGGAUUUAUUGCUGUUCAAACUUCAAUUAUCGGUCGAAAUAGACUAGAUUUGGAUGUGUCAAUAUUCAAGCUUGGUUGAAUAGCUGUUGAUAUUGAAUUACUAGAAAUUCACAAAAUUCGAACGAUCUCGCCAGGAAACUUUAGGUAUUUCUGGACUCAAGUAGUACUUACAUAUCCAAAGAUAGUUUAGGAGCACAGAUUAGUUCAAUGAAGUCCGCACAAUUAAGCGAAAAAUUCAAUGAACAACACUUUGAUCUCGUGAAAUCUAGUCAGUUUUACGUGUUAUCCACAAAACGAAUGGUAAAUUUUCGAGUAUUCAUUGGAGUGAGUUGAACAUUCAAGACCCAACACGAGGAUUUGUAGUGUAUAGCUUAGGCAGUGUCUUAGAUUCAUAGACAUAAUUCAAAUAUUUUCAUGAUUAAUAAAGUGCUUCUUAUGGAUGUGUUAGGUAAGAUAAAAUCCGUGAAUAUAGAAUUGUUAUCAUUUUAGCAACCUUGUGAUUAGAUGUAAAUUUUAAUAUAUAGAAUUGUUCCAUCUUCAUACAUUUUAGCUUAAACUUAAGUUGAGUAUAUCUGAUCUGAUCAUAAGAUAGUUAUUUUCACAGAUCACCACAAAUUUUCUCAAAAAAAAUCACUUGAACAACAAGGCAAUAAUGUGCCAAAUCAGUAGCCUCUACUUAUUGUAAUUCAUACCAAAUAGGCUUUGAGAAAAAAUGGUACUGAAGCUGCAACAUUCCUGAUGUCAAUGUUUUUAAGCAGGUCUCAUACAUUCGCACAAAAAUAUUUUGAGGAAAUUUGUGACCUUUUUUUCGUGAUGUAUGUAUAACUGCUACACUAAUAGUAGCACUAAGCGUAACUAUCUACAUAUACCAUAUUAUAUUAAUUUAAUUUUUCAUUGAUGAAUGUUUUUAAUGGAGAAACAUUAUAAAUGGUAAGAGGCUUCUUUAAUUAUAGAUUGUAGAUCUGCAUAUGAGACUGAACUUAAUAUACUCUGUGUCCAAUUUGAGUCCAGUUAAGCCUGUGUAUUUUUGUCUUAUUUAUUUCAUUCGUUUAUAUUUUGGUAAAAAGUAAUAAUUUCUGUUUGAUACAAACAAACCUGUUCUUAUCAAUUCUGACUGCUAUUGAUUUGUGGAUUCCAGUCGUAAAUUUGUGUAACAAAUCAAUAUGUCAAUUAUACCUAAGGUGCUUAUCUGUAUGUCUAACACGAUCAUCUACAUAAAUGUUUUUAACUCUCUUUUUCUUUUGAUUUGCAUCAUCCUUUCAAUGUUGCUCAAAUUCUGCUGGCAUUAAGUUAUUUGUAUAUUGAUUUUUUUAGUAUGUAGAACUCGCUAAAAUAUAUAGUUCAAUAAUAAUUGGUUGAACACUAAUGAUAUAUAAAACAUAUACAAAGUAUGAGUAAAAAUCUUUUUUUUUUUCAAAAGUUUGAUUUCAAUGGAAACAUGAACAAAUUCUCAUAUCCUUUCAAUGAUUGUGAAAAUUUUCACAAUUUGUGUAAGUGUUCCUCUUCAAAAACUCACAUAAUUCAUUAUUUUCAAUAAAAUCAUUCGUUUUCGCUGAAGUUUCCACUUGAAAUUUUCCUUGUUUCAUUGGCAUUCUCGUACUAAAAGCAUUUGAGGUUUUCGAAAAACAAUAACUAUAAACAAUUAUUACUGUAAUAUUUUCAACAAUGUGUAUAAACUUGUAGAUAGAUUUUUAAUAACAAAAACCUAUAAAAUAUGAAAUAGUAAUAGUUACUAGUCAUGUUGAAGCAUUUAUAAUGACAUUUGGCACUCGGAAGUUUUAUGGAUUAUGAAUAUUAGCUGUUUUUUUUUCAGAUUUUAUAUGAUGAAAGAUACCUUACAAUUUCUCAUGUCGUAUUAUAUUGUGGAGCGAAUGUAAGGCUACUAAAAGGAGGCAUGUGUCUUCAAUAUUUUUCGGUAUGUACUAUAUAUAUAAAUGCAUAUUGAAGACUAUGAAGUUGAUUGAUAGGAUUCUCUUUAUAAACUUCAAAUAGUCUUUCAGUAUUUAACUGAAAAUUGUAAAAUGUGAUUUUUCGAUUUUAUCAAUUUGCUUCACUUAACACUUCCUUAUCUAUCUUUUUGGUAGAGACACAUUUGCAAUAACUCAUGCAAGCAGACACUGUUUUGCCAAAUUUUGGAAUAUCACAAAUAUAAAGGAUAGUUUUUAAAGGUAGAUUUAGAAAUAUUCGCAAAUUGUAUGUCUGCAGUUUUAUACAGAUUCCAGUUCCAUGGUGGUACUUACAAACAAAUAAGUUUAAUCUGCAUUUCAAUUUUUCAUUCAAUCAUCUUCAUAUAUUUUCUAUGAGAAUUUCUUUCCAACUUUUAUUUUCCAGAACACUCAACCUAUCCUUUUUUCUUAUUUGAAGGUUGAGUUUUUUAUUUUAUAUUCAAUAUAUUUUUCAUUCUAAUUCGUCACGAAUUUCAAUGAUUGCCAGAGCUUAUAACUUCCUCAUAUACUUCCAGAGCAGAAAGUUUAUGAUGUUUUGGAACUAAAUUUGCAGAAAUACUUGCAUUUUCUUAGUCUUCCAUGAUAAUAUUUAUUUCAUCAUGAAAAUAUUUACUCUCGUAGUAGAAGUAACCGAUAGAUGAGCGUAACAAAUUACGAAAAUGUUUGUUCUUACCACCCCAUGUUCUCUGGAUGUUCGCCUAAUGAAGCCUUUAGCUUGUCUUAUAUUUACAACAUCGUUGCAUCAGUAUGAUGAAUAAUAGUACAUAGUGUAUAUUCUAACAUUCCUUAAUCGAAUAUAAAGACGUUAAAAUGCAUAAAACAUAUAAAUUUAAGAAGUGAUUUGUAAUAAAAAGAGAGUUUUUAUAGACAUGAUUUGAACGUAAUGACAAAACUCUUUCGAGAUCACAAUUUUGUCUCAAAAUAAAUUCUUGACUAUUGACAGGAUCGUUGAGAGGUGUUCUCAAGAUUUACAGAUAUUGAAAGGGAAUUAUUUCUUAUUAUUCCCUACAACUUUGAAUUCCAUAGUAUCCAUUUGUGAAGGCACUUAUGUUUUAUAAUUAUAGACAUAAUUUUUUAUACUAAAUUGUUCAAGAAUUUUCGUUCAUUUUUAAUAAACCUUGUAUAUAAUAAGCCUUUAUGGAUAGAAUAUUUAUGAAAUAGUAACAAUAGCCAACUGUUUGUCCAGAAAAGUUCAGAUUCACUCUCGAGUGAUACUUUGAGAAUGGUAUAUUUUAAGAUAAUAUCACUGUAUAUCUGAUUGUUAUUUUGAUACUCUAUAUUCUGGGCAAAAUGUAAAAAUAUGCAUUUAUUAAUUUUAGAUUCAUAAUGUAUUCUUUGAAUAGAAAUAAAAUAUAGAAAUUUCUAA